AUCUUUGGUCACGUGCUUACAAUUUUCAAAUUAUUCUAUACGGAGUUUUUAGUUUUAAAUAGAUUUGUUUUAUACAAAAUAUAACUAGUUUUUUUUUAUUAAAAUGACUUUAAACGAAGAUCAUGGUUAGUAAGAACAUGUUUUUUUUUUUAUACAACUAUUUGAACAUAAAAUUACUAUUUUCAAUUUUAGAAAUUUCAAGUUCGAAUUCAGAUGAAGAACAGGACUAUCCAUCACAUACUGACGAUGACGAAAAUGAAGAUAUAGAUAAAGAUGAUAUUGAACCACUAGUGUUUGAUGACUCUAAAGAAAUAUAUUAUACAAAUAAAUACAAACAAAUUUUUGAGGAAGUUGUCAGUUUGGAUGAUGUUUAUAUUUUGAAUUUGGAUGCACAGAAAUUGUAAUGUCGUUUUGGUUAAUUUUUUUUUUUAAUUAAUUUUUAAAGUUUUAGAAUUGAAAUUUCAUUGUGUAAUUUUCAUAUUUUUUUUAGUGGUCAAUCAGUUAGAGUGGCAAUUGCUCUUUCCAAUUUUACUUGUAAGAUAUAUGACUUUGAUGAUGGAAAUAAGUCUGUUGGAGAUUGCUUGGAACAUAAAAACAAAAUUGCUGAUGUCAAGUAAUAUUACAAUCGCUAUUUUCGUAAUCAAAAUAAAUACGUAUACUAAUUUAUUUAUAUUUUUAGAUUUGGUUCGGGUAAUAAUCAGUUAUCCUCAAUUGUAUAUACAGCAUCUGAAGAUGGCACUAUUAAACUUUGGGACUUGCGUUUAAAAGAAAAAUGUGUUUCAGUUUUUAAAGGUAAAAACUAAAGAACUAAGAACUAUUCUUGUUAAACUUUUAUACGAUUUUUUGGUUUAUUUUUUUUAAAGUGCAUUUUUGUGUGUACAUAAAGAAUGUAAAAAAAAGUCUAACAAACUUCGUUUGGAAAUUAUGUGGGUGAACUUCAUGAGGUUCAAUUUUACUGAUUCCAGUUUUUCUUAGUUAGAAUUUAACAUUUUCAAUUUUUUUUUUCAAAAUGUGUUUUUAAAUGCCUUAUUCAUUAGUAUAAUCAAAACUUACCCAUCAUACUUUUAUAGUUUUUGUACAUUAAUCUUGAACAAUGUUUGGAAUUAAUCCAAAGUGUGGUCAAAAAUAGACAUUUUUUUUUUACUUAUAUUAUUUGUAGUUAUUGAUAUUUUGAUAACAAAGUUUAUUUUAUUGAUUUCAGAAUAAUUAUCUGGCUUAGUUAGCAAAAUAUCAAUAACUACAAAUGAUAUUAAUAAAAAAAAAGUCUAUUUAUGACCAUAUUUUGUGUUGAUUCCAUAAAUGCUAUUUUUCAAGAUUAAUGUACAAAAACUAAAAAAGUAAGUAUGACAGAAAAUUUUAGAAAAAAAAAAUUUUGAAAAUUAUAAAUUCAAAGGAAAUCAAGAUAUACGCUUAACAAAAAACUCGAACUUUAUGAAGUUUUCCCCUAUAAUUUCCUAAUAAAGUCUGUCCUUUUUUUACAUUCUGAAUGAACACACAAACACAUAUUUUAUAAAAAAAAUUGCGUAGAAGCUAAACUAUUAUGCCAAAAUUAGAAUUAUACAUGUAGCUAUGUAAGUUAUUAUGUUCAGGUGUAUUCCAAGUUUGCUAUUUUAUCUUCUUAAAGUUGGCACCGAGACUGAUUGUUUAACUAUAUAUUGGUGGUAAGUUUUUAAGUGUAAAGUUUUGUAUUAUGGUUGUUAUUAUACAACUUUAUAUGAACUUAUAUUUGAUAUAAAACUUUUGUUUCUUCCUGUAUCAUAUUAAUUUCUAUUACAAAUUGUACAAUAUUUGUUGAGAGAUGAUGUCAAAUAUAUUAUUUAUAUAAUUUAUUAUUCUGACAUUGUAUUAAAAGAAAUUAAAAUUAAUUAAAUCAAUUUUUGCUCUGUAGACUGACAAAUGAAUGAAAAAUGUAGGAUUAUCUAAUGAACUAGGAAUAUUCUAAAGUGUAUAAUUAUUGUAUUAUGUGUAUUCAUUUUAGAUGAUUCCGAUGCUUGUCUUAAACCAUUAUCAUGUUUUGAUAUAUCUUGUGAUGGAAGAUUUUUAGUUGCUGGUACAGAUGUAUUAAAAGAUGAUGCAUUCUUAUUAUUUUGGGAUGUUCGUUCUACUAAUCUACUUGGUGGUUACUGGGAUUCUCACCAAAAUGAUAUUACCCAGGUGUAUAUUUUAUAUAUGUUUAUUAUUUAAAUGGACAAUUUUAGUUUUAUUUUUAAUUCAAGAUUAAAAUAAUUAUGUUAUUAGGUUAAAUUUCAUCCCACUGAAGAUAAAACUGUAAUUAGUGGAUCUGUUGAUGGUAUUAUUAAUUUAUUUGAUGUUACUCAAACCACUGAAAAUGAAGCUCUUCAAUUAAGUUUAAAUACAAAUUCAUCAAUAGUAAGUUACAGAUAUUAAUAAUAUUACUUUUUUUAUGAAACAUACAAAUAUAUAACAAUUUUUCUUUUUUACCAAAUAUUUUCUGACUUUGCUUCUAAGAAAACUUGUUUUAGGUUGGGUGAGGUCUUAAAAAAAAUAAAAAUAAAUAAAUUAUAAAUAGUAUUAUAAUAAUAUAUUGUAUACAGAAUGUUGAGCAAAUUUGUAUAUCUAUUUAAAAUGUACAAAUAAUAUUAAAAUAUCUACUUUGUUAAUAAUUAAAUAAUCUGUAAAAAAUAAUUAUGUAGUAUUACUUAAAUACAUGUUAAAAAAAAGCAGUGCAUCUAAAAAAAAUAUUAAAAUUAUAUUAUAUUAUUUUCCCUAUGGAAGAUGUCUAACUUUUUUAAAAUUUGAAAAAUAGUGUUGUAUCUAGUUGACAAUCUAUGAAAACUAUCAAACAAUAAGAGGAAUUCUAAACAUGAUUUUGACAUAUUGUCCCAAUUUGAAUAUGAUAGGAGAUGCCAUGGUCUGCAGAUGAUUUAUCUUUGAUAAGAUAAAAUCUGGAUUAAGUUAACAGAGAAAUGAAGAGAAAUAGAGAGUAGUCAAAAAAAAAAGGACUAUGGAUAAGCAGAAGUAAAACUGAGUAUGCUUUUGGAGGAACAGGAUAAGAUAGUUGACAAUAAUAAGCAGUUAUAGGUGAGAUUGAGAAUUUAACUAUUUAGAAUCUUGUAUAUAAAAGAACAAUAGCUUUUAUGAGUAUGAAACAGGAUUAAGUGCAAUUAGAUAAAGUGAAGAGGAGCAUUAGGUGUUUUAAACAAGAGAAUUCCAAUUAGACUUAAAUUUAAGUUCUACAAAAUUAUGAUGAGACUAUGUUGUAUAGUUCGUAGUAUUGAGCAGUAGAUAGAAUUCAGAGAAUACGUGUCAUAGAGAUGAGAAAGCUUAGGUGGUUGAUUAGAGUGAUGAGAGUGAGAUAUAGGAUAAGGUAUGAGUAAAUGUUAGUUAGGUGUGGCUGUGAUAGUAGAAAAAAUGAGAAAAAAUAGGCUGAAAUGGUUUAGACAUGUCACAGGGAGAGAGGAAACUAAACCAGAAAUUCUAAAUUUUAUAAGUAGAUAAUUAGUAAAAUAAAUUUUAGUGUUGACAUUUUUAAUAUCCAUCAAUCCAUUGACAAGAUUUUCUACUUUUAAUUUUAGGUUGAAGAAGAAUAGUGGAGUAUCAUUUGUGUGGUGGUUAGGUGCGCCACAUGUUAAUAAUGUACCACUACUCUCCUUAAACCCAAACUUAAAAGUGGAAUGUCUCGUUAAUGGCUUGACAGAAAUCAAAAAUGUCAACACUUACAUUUUUUUUUAACUAAUACUCUAUUUAUGGGCUUUUUAAUACAGGUUACCAUUUAAAAUCAAAAGAAGAAAGUGGUUUUACCCCCAAUAAAAACAUAAAUAUAAAAUUGUAGAGUAGCUUGUUUCUUAAAUGUUCUAUAAAACAAAUUCUGGAAAAGUUAAUACUUUCCGAGAUAAUGAGUGUACUUAAAUUCACUUAAAUAGAUCACGAGGUAUCAUCUGCAAAGCAUCAUCAUACCCCUUUUCAAAUCUGGGAUGGGAUAAUCUGCUAAAUUCUUAUUAAGAAUUCUUCAUACUGUUUGACAGAAUUUUACAUUGAUUAUCAAUCUGACACAACCAUAUUUCUCUCUUCUUACAAUAGGUAGAGAUAUAACGGUAGUAUUCUAAUCCUUUCCUACAGGGAACAUGUUGAACAUAUUAUAAAUACCUAAUAAUUUUAUCAAUUAUAAUUUAUUAUAAUGUAAUAUAAAGGUUUAUCGCCCAUUUAUUUAUCAAAUGUUUGAACGAUAUUCAUCUAUUUUUAUAAUUUUUCAACAGCAAGCAAUUAAUUUACAAAAAUAAAAAUGAUUUAAUAUCAGUAUUUAUGUUCUAAAAUAUUUCUAACAAUUAAAUAGAUUUUUUUUUUUUUUUGCUACUAGAUGGUAAAAUAAAUUCGCGGCUAGGAAUUAUAUCUUAAAAAAAAAAAAAAAUCAAAAAUUCUACUGGCCACAGUAGUGCCCUUAGUCCUAAAUCCGGCCCAGGAUUUAACCUUCUAUAGCUUUUCACCAAAUCAGAGGGUUAAACACUCAAUUUAGUUUAUUUUGAAUAGUCUAUUAUUUUAAAAAAACUUUCACCAAAUUGCACCAUUAUUCUAGGAUUAAAAUGUACAAAUUUAAUAACAAAAAAAUGUAAUUUCUUUGAGGUUACAGAAUUAUGGUAGAAAAAUAUAUUAUUCUAAAGAAUAAAAAAAUGAGGACUAAAUGAGAUUUUAUAAGAUGUACAUAUAUUAGUUUUAUAUUAUAAUAUAAUAUUAUGUUUUUCAAGUCAAAUUUAAAAUGGUUAAAAAGUAAAAAUGGGGAUUCAGUUAUAUCAUGUAUUACGAAUACAGAAGAUGUACAACUAUGGUACACAACAGAUUCUUCACCAUACAUCACUAUAUCUAGGGAUACAAUUAGUAAUUCAAUGAAUGUAAGUUUAUUUUAUUAAUUUUAUUUUAAUAAUUUUUCAGUGAAUUAAAACUAAGUUAUGUUAUUUGUUAAUUUUAGUUAAAACCUGAUGUACAUAGUCAGGUGAUCAAUUGUCAUCAAACAGAUCAAAAUGGAAAUUGUAUGUUACUUGUUGGAAACAAUCAUGGCAAAGGGUAAACAUAUAUAUAUUUUUAUUAAUACAAAUUUUGUAUUUUGUUUUAUUAAAUACAUUUUUGUAUUUUACAUUUAGAGAACAUUUGCAAUCUCUUAACAUAAAUGGUCAUGAAUUAACUCCUAGAACAUUAUUCAAAAAUAAUAAACAAAUAAUACGAUGCAGUUGGUAUGAUUAUAAUGUAAGUUAAAAAACUCUUUAAGUUUAAAAUAAUAUUUUAUGAUAAAUUAUUUAACAAGUAACAAGACUUACUUGAUUAUUUUUUAUUAAUUUUGUUGUAUUUUUUUUCACUAAAAAAACAAAAACAAUAUGUUAAAAGUAUAAGGUAUAAAAGGACAACCAAUCAUAAUUAUGUAAAAUCAAUUAGCAUUAUAAAUUAUUUUUUAAAAUAAUGUGCAGUGGUUUUACUCGUACAAUAUAUAUUCUAUUGUUCUUAUAUUUAUAACUAAAUAUGAUUGAUAAGCUAAUUAUGCAUAUUUUCAUUAUAGAGUGGGGUUAUGAUUACUGGUGGCGAAGCUGGUAUAUUAAGUAUAUGGGACCCAAGUGAUGAAAUUGAUGUUAAUAACGAAAAAUGUUCAUUAAAAUCUUUGCCAAAAGUAAGCUUGAAAAAAUCUACUACUAAACCAUAUUAAGUUAAAUUUAUGUUUAAGUUAAGAUUUGAAUAUACAGAUUUAAAAAAAACUGAGUUACUUUAUA